AGAAAUAUUUUUAUUUCUUUCUACAACACUUCAAUGUGUCACUCAAAAUAAAAUGUUAAUCUUCAUGUUGUUUAAUUUCUCCUUUGAAAAAUGUUUGAUUUGACCGAAGUAUCGAUUAACUCUUCCUUUGAUCAGAAAUUCACAUUCGAAAAGAAAAAAGAAUGGAUUCUACCUUCUCAUUGUUCAAUAUACCAUGAAGAUGUUUGGGUUAUAAAUUCUAUAACUGAAUUGAAAAUUAAACUGAACCAUAUUAAAUCACAAUUGAACGACAAAGGUGAACUCUGGCUUCAACACACCUGUAAAAUUAAUAAAGCUGGCUAUGUCAUAGAUUAUAUAAAAUCUAAAAUUCAACCAGAAAUAUUAACUCAAGCUUGGUGCAAAUUUUACGAAAUACUUUCUACCUUUUCACUUUUACCUGAAGGUGUUGAAAGUUUCGCAUCAGCACAUCUUUGUGAAGCACCUGGUGCCUUUAUCAGUGCAAUAAAUUAUUUUUUACAUUUACAUCAUCCAGAUGUAUCAUGGGAAUGGUCAGCAAAUACAUUAAACCCAUAUUAUGAAGGCCACAAUAUAAGAAAUGUUAUUGUGGAUGAUCGUUUAAUAUUUCCCACACUAAAAAAUUGGUAUUUUGGAGAAAGUGAUACUGGUGAUAUCAAUGAUCCUGAUUACUUGAAAAAUUUGCUACUGUAUUUAGGAAGCAAAAAUAAUUCUAUAUCUUUGAUAACAGCUGAUGGAAGUAUUAACUGUCUACAUGAUCCUUCUGAACAAGAGUUAAUCACCAGUGAACUGCAUUUUAAAGAAACCCUAAUAGCUCUUUUGAGUCUGGCUACAAAAGGAACAUUUGUUUUAAAACAAUUCACGUUUUUUGAAUGUUUGACCAUUUCUAGAAUGUACCUUCUUAAUUGUGUGUUUGAAGAGGUACAUGCUUUCAAACCUUUUUCCAGUAAGGCUGGAAAUUCUGAAGUGUACAUUGUAUGUCUGGGUUAUUUAGGAGUUGAAACUUUCAAAGAUCAUCUAUUUAAGGUUUUUGCAGAAUAUGGAUCAAUAGGAGAAAAGGCUUUGUAUAGUUUAUCAAGUAUUCCGCAAUCUUUUAUAGAACAGAUAUCUGCUUGCUCUGAAUACUUCUUAGCUCUUCAAAAACAAGCAAUAGAAGAGAACCUCCAAUUAUAUUCUAUGGAUACUUCAUUGUAUGAAGAGAAGUUAGAAAAUGUAAAACAUGCAUAUGCUUCGCAUUAUUUAAGAAAAUGCGAAAUUGUGGGUGAUGAUACUUAUCCUUCUGCUCAUUUAUUUUCAGUUAAAAAACAAAUCAAAACGAGUUUUCAUGAUAAGCAAAACAAAAACUGCAAAUUAAUGUUUUAUCAAGCAAUUGGAGAAACAUUUGACAAUUUAAGCAAAUUAAAGAUAAUGAGUUGGAAAGAAAAUGUUCUGGAUGUUGACAGAAGAUUGAAUUUAUGUUUUUCUACAAAUCGUAAGCGUGCGAAUCAAAAUCUAGAGUUGAUUCCUUUAUGGAAGGUUGUUAUAAAUCGGAUGAAAAGUAAAAGUUAUCAGAACUGGCUUUUAACUGGAAAGAAAAUUAUUGCUAUAGAGAACUCAAAAUUUUGUAAUCCAUAUCUGAUUCAUCUUUGGAAUAGAAUUUCUUUUAAUUCUGAAGUAAAAGAGAAAAGUUACCGUGCUGUAAAGCAUUGUCCUUUUGACAUUGAAAAUGUCAUGUGUCUCCUAAAAGAAAAGAGUGAAGAUAUUUGUAUUACAUUUGUAUCAAAUUCAGAAAAUGAUUUUAUUGACGAUCCCUUAUGGUCUCAUCUGAAGGAAAACUUCAAUAGAUUUUCUAGCUUUUCAUAUUCUGAAAUAGAGACGCAAAGUUAUGGAAACCAAAUUUUAUAUGUGAAUUCAACACUCUGGCUCGAUUCUCUGCAUCAAGAAAUAACCUUAAAAAACCAUCUCACAGUUGUUAUGAGCCAUAUUAUAAAGAAAUUGAAAAUAGGAGACCAUCUCAUUAUUUGUGUGCAAAGUCUGCUUAUGAGAUAUACAGUUGGAUUAAUAUUCCUCAUAAUGUCCUUGUUUGAUAAGUUUGUUUGCCUUCUUCCAACUCCUGGUGCUCCAGCAGCAUGUGGACAGUUAUGGAUAUUUAAGAAUUUUCAAAACCCUGCAUGGACUGAACGGCUCGUCAUUUACCUAGAAACGAUCUUAAAAAUUGAUUUAAUCGAGUCAAAAGAAGUCCUUCAAAUAGUUCCUAUAUCAUCACUAUGUGGUAGUUUAUUUUAUGAAUUCAUCCUGGAGCUAAAUAAUGAACACAUGCAACAAAGGUUAAGAAGCUUAACUAUAUGUGAGAAAAAUGAAAUUAAACUUUUGUGAAGGAAGAAUUGGAACGAUACAGAGAAGAUUAGCAUGGCCCCUGCGAAAGGAUGACACGCAAAAUCGUGAAGCGUUCCACAUUUUCGUGGCUGGGUGGCGCAGUUGGUUUGUCAUCGGUCUCCUGAGCCCAAGUCUGCGGGUUCGAUCCCCGGCCCAGACACCGGAUUUUCGGGAUGCAGACAUGGCCAACGGUAUCUCACCCACUAUGGUGGUCCUGAAAGAUUGGAUACCACUUUUGGGGAAUGCACUAGGUCUGCUCAUCGGGAAGACUGAUUGUGCAGCUCAUUGGAAAUAAAAAAAUUUUACACUUCCAAAAAAAUCACAACAGUUUAUUAUAUUUCUUUUAUUUAGAAUUGGUUUCUACUGUUAUAAAUACAAAUGUUAGACCUAUAUGAUGAUUUUUUUUACUAUUAUUUGUUUAUUAAUUUUAAAAAUGUAAAUAGCUGCUUAAACAUUGCCUCAGUGCUCUGAUCUGAAUUUGGAAACUUAACAUAGAAGUUAAGCUUGAAAAAUAAAUAUAAAUGUUUAUUAUCAAAUGUUUAAAAAUAUCGUAAAAAUUCAGUGAAUUAGUAUAAUAAAAUUUUCUGACAAUGAUUAUGUUGAAAUAAAUAAAAUAACACAAUAAAUUUCAUAACACAGAACAAAGGGUAAGUUCUUACCAAAUGCCAACUUUUCAUAUCAGAUAAUUUGACUGUUAGAACAACAUAUGGUAUCAAGUCCUAAUGAUCUCAUAGAAAGUUUAGUUACUCAUUCAUUUAAAACAUUAAUUUACUAAGAGAAGAAUGGGAAGAGCUUGUAUACAGUCUGCAGCCAAGCAAGAUUUUAUACAAUUGAAAGCAGAGUUAGAUGUGAAUAACACAUUAAAACAAAAGGGUAAGAUAAAUGUUUAUUAUCUAUUUAAAAACUAAAAGAGUCUAGCAUAAAAUAGAUUAGAAAAUUUAUUCAAACUUUUUUAAACAUACCUAAAUAAAAAAAUAAGAGUAAUAAAACUUGUUUAAGUGAUUUUAUGUUGACACCCAGACUUUUAAGUACUUUUCCCACUCUUUAACCUCCCCUACUGAUUUAUGCUGAAUUUUCCUUUUUUUUUUUCAUUCACUCUUUGUUUCUUGUGCUGACUUUUUCACUUAUUAAUUCUUUCACUGUUUAUUUUUUUCUCAUUUUUUUUAUCUCAUGAGGCGAAGCUCUCAAAGUAGAUAGCUGUAUUUUUUUUGUGUAGAACUUUAAUAAACAUAAACAUGAA